AAACGUUCUGUCACAUUGAACAUCGAAACGGUUAAUUCAUUCAUAUAUAUCUUUCUUCUAUCUAUUUAAAAUUGAAAUAGUUUUUUAAGAAUGACUCAUCAAUGUAGUUGUGGAAGUAUACAUAAUGAUGAAGAAUUGGGUAUACAAUAUAAUUUGUAUCAAAAAAUUGAUAUAGAAAACAUAGAAUGUUUAAAUGAAUGUGAAGAAGGUAGUGGGGCUACUGUAUUUAAAUCAUGGGAAAAUAGAUUAGAUAGAAAUAAAUAUGUUGAAAGUGAUAUGGAUAAUGAACUUCUCUUUAAUAUCCCUUUUACUGGAAAUAUAAAAUUAAAAGGCCUUAUUAUUAUAGGAGGAGAAGAUGAUUUUCAUCCAAAUAAAGUAAAACUGUAUAAAAAUAGACCACAUAUGACAUUUGAUGAUAUCAGCACAGAACCAGAACAAGAGUUUGAAUUAUGUGUAGAUACAAAUGGGAUACAUGAAUAUUCUCUUAAGAUAGUUAAAUUUUCAUCAGUAUAUCAUUUAAGUUUACACUUUAUUGGUACUGAAAGAACAGAUAAAAUAAAAAUUUAUUAUAUUGGAUUAAAAGGAGAAUGGUCACCUGCACAUCAACAUGGUGUUACUAUUUGUACUUAUGAAUUACGUCCACAAAUGAAUGAUCAUUCAAGAGGAGAUCUUGAAAAUAUUGAUAGAACAAUUAGUUGAUUUUAUAUUAAAAAGUUAAUAGAAUACUUCACUUUAUAUAAAAAAAGUAAAAAAAAAUAAAAGUAAUUCCAAAGAUCAAUAAGUA